AUGACAUAUUACAAGGAUAAUGUACAUCCCGACUUGAAGGCUGAGAGGGCCAAGACCAGCUUCAACAUCGAGACCCUCUACAAGUUCAUCCACAACAAUGAUCCAAGUGUUCUAGAGCUAAAGAGAGCGAUCAGAGCAGAGUUUGAGAAGGACCAGGUGUUGUCUGGCAAUCCAGAGUUCAUCAACUUCUUGUCACGUGAGGAGCAGUUCAAACGAACGAUGGAUAUUACACAUCGUCUCAUUGAUAUGAAGAAGCGACUUAACUUGUUGGAUGCGUCAAGCGUGGAGAUACUGCGUGAGUGUUACAGCGAGACACCAUUAUUGCUGCACGACGUUGUGUUUGUGCCCUGUCUGCGCUCACUCGCCUCUGACUCCCAGCUCAAGGUGUGGCUGCCACAGGCACUCAACUACAAGAUGAUCGGAUCCUACUCACAGACAGAGAUGGGCCACGGCAGUAACGUACAGGCGCUCGAGACUACCGCGCACUACCACGCCGACACUGAUGAGUUUGAGUUGCACUCGCCCACGCUCACCUCCACCAAGUGGUGGGUCGGUGCGCUCGGCAAGAUCUGCACGCACACAGUUGUCUUUGCCCAACUGUGGCUCAAGAAUGAGAAUGGCACGCUCACCAACCACGGCCCGCACCCCUUCCUGCUGCAGGUGCGAUCGACCAAGGACUACACCCCACUCAAGGGCAUCAAGGUUGGCGACAUUGGACCAAAGUAUGGCUACAACUGUGUGGACAAUGGAUUCAUGCGCUUGGACAAGGUACGCAUCCCGCGCGCCAACAUGCUCAAUCGAUUCUUCAAUGUGACUCGCGAGGGCAAGUACGUGCCACCCGCGCAUCCCCGCCUGGUCUACGCAGGCAUGGUCAGCACUCGUGUCUACAUUAUUAGCGACUCGUGCGCGGCUGUCGGUCGCGCUGUCACCGUCGCCGCACGUUACUCUGCCGUGCGCCGACAGUUCUCUGGCGCGCCUAACACGCCCGAGCUUCAGGUGCUCGACUAUGGCAACCAGCAGACGAGAAUCAUUCCGGGCAUAGCAACGGCCUACGCUCUGGUCUUUGUCGGCCGCCGACUCAAGGAGGUGUUCUCCAACGUGAUGUACGCCGCCAUGACGCGUAGCGACACCUCGCAGCUGCCAGAGAUGCACGCCCUCACAUCUGGUCUCAAGUCGCUGGUCACCUACAUCACAGCCAAGCACAUUGAUGAUGCCAGGCUGGCAUGUGGCGGUCACGGCUAUUCAAUCAUGUCUGGUCUACCACGUCUUUUGGUCAACUACAGUCAUCUCAUCACUGCCGAGGGUGAGAACAACCUCAUGCCCCAACAGACCACUCGCUACCUGUUGGCACGCUACAAGGAUGUGAUGAUCAAUGGCAAGAAACAGCUUGCCGAGUCUGUGCAGUAUAUUGUUCGCGAGGCUGACGACGCGUCACCCAAGACACUCACACAACUCUUGGAUGGUGGCAAGCGCAAGCUCACCGAUCUGGACGUGCUUGAGCACGUUCUUGGACAUCGCGCCUACGCCCAACUCGCGCGUCUGGCAGGUCUUAUCCAGGCUGGCUUGGAGACGCGCCCACUUGGCGAGGUAUGGUCCGAGUACAACAUCGACGCGGUCAAGGUGAGCGACGCCCACUGCCAGCUUUACAUCGUCCACUGCUUCGCCAGUUGUCUGACCACCGCUCCCCUUGACGCAAGACCCGUUUUGAUCCGUCUGUGUCAGCUCUACGCACUGGUCAACAUCGAGAAGCUUGCAGCUGAUGUACUCGUCGAUGGCUACUUCACCCCGGAGCAGGUCGAGCUGGUGUCGGCAGAGGUGCGUCGUCUGCUCAAGGAGCUGCGUCCCGAUGUCAUUGGACUGGUGGACACAUUCAACUAUGCCGAUCACACAUUGGGCAGUGCACUUGGACGGUACGACGGCCAAGUCUACGAGGCAAUCAAUCAUUUUGUCGCCAACAAUCCACUCAACACUGCCGAUGUCGGUAUGAAUGAGUUCAUCCUCAAUCCAGUACUUCUGGCACAAGGUGCCCCACAACAAUCCAGACUUUAA